AUGUCGCCCCCGCCUACUCCUCGGGUCCAGAGGAGCAGGUAUGAUGAAGCCAGCCUGCCUUCUCGCUCCGCCACGCCUCCGCGUCGCUCGGACUCAGGGUACCCUUCGCGGAUCGAUGACGCCGUCACGCCCCGCGCCAACUAUGGGGCUGGGGCGCCUUCUCCGCCGCCCAGCUCAAGGGGCCGGGUCGACGACAACCGUAGUGUCGUCUCUACUAUCAGGCGCGGUCCAGCCGCCUCGGAAGCCGGUACUCUGACCGACAACCUCCAGAAGCUGAAGCUUACCAGCUUCUACGUCCGACCAGGAUUCGGUAAAGACGGCAAGGCCAUCGACGUACUGUCCAACUUCUUCGCUGUCAGGCCGAUUGACGGCAGGGGCAAGAUCAUCCACCACUACGACAUCGAAAUCAACCCGGUCGUCCACGUUCAGAACCAGAAGAAGCCCAAGGCCAUGCUCCGCGCUGUCUUUGAGCAGACCUGCCUCGAUGCCGUCGGUGCCUGGGUGGACGGCUUUGCCGCCUGCGCCUAUGAUGGCAGGAAGAAUUGCUUCACUCCGGUGAAGUUCCCAAUCCCCCAUGGCGAAGUCCGCACCUUCACCACCACUAUCGCACAAGACAACGUCGUCCAGCGACCCGCUACCGAAGGCUCCGGAUCCGACUCAGAGAACAGGCGCUUCAAGGUCGAGAUCAAGCAUGUCGCCGAGAUUGACCUCGAGCGAGUCAUGGAGCACUGCCGGCCGGACAGGGGCACUCCCAAAGAAGAAGAGGAUAUGUUGACGGGUAUCAUGGCGACCAACGUCCUCAUGCGCGACCUUCCCAGCAAGACGUACGCCCAAGUCGGAGCGACUGGAAAUCGUUUCUUCACCCUUACCGGUGCUGUCCCCAUCCCCCAAGGUGCUGUGGUGUGCAAGGGAUUCAUGCAAUCAUUCCGAGCUUCCGGCUCUGGCCUUCCCCUUCUCAACUUGGAUGUCGGUUUCUCUGCCUUCCUCGCGUCCGGUCCGGCCAUCGAGGUGAUCAGCAAGAUGAUUGCCCAGCGAGGCGGCAUGCGCGGUGCUCCUCGGGGCCGCGGCGGCUUCGGUGCUGGCGGAGGACGAGAUAUCCCCCUCUCCGAGUUGGAGCCGAGGGAUAUCAAUAUGGUCAAGAACAAGCUACGAGGUGCAAAGUUCUCGGUGACUCAUCGCCAAUCUACCCGCCUCCACACCAUCCAGAGUGUCACCCUCCAGCCCGCCGAGGAGAUCUUCUUCGUCAUGGACAGCAAGGACGGCUCGGGCGACCAGCGCGUCUCGGUCGUUCAGUACUUCAAGAACAUGUACGCGGUGGAGGUUACCAAGCCUCGUCUUCCGUGCAUCCAGUACGGCAAGAAGUCCUUCAUCCCGCUCGAGUUUGUCCACUUGGCGGAUUGGAACCCUCUCCCGCCGACGAAGCUUUCGGCGGAUCAGACUGCCGAAAUGAUCAAAGUCGCAGCUAUGCCUCCGAAGGAUCGAUCUAUGGCCAUCCUGGGCUGGAGGAAGGAGCUGGCGCAUGAGACGCAGACUAAGAUAGCUGACUGGGGACUACAAGUCAAUCGCUCCAUGGUCCAAGUCAAGGCCCGUAUCCUCGCACCUCCUCGUAUUCUUUACGGCCGCAACAUGGAUGCCAGAGCAGCGGAAGGAAGCUGGAACCUCCGAGGCAAGACUUUCUACCGGAACGGCAACAAACCUCUCAAGGCCUGGUCCAUCAUCUCCUUUGACCGCUACACCGACGACGACGAGAUGAAGCGCUAUGUCACCUACAUGAUCCAAGUCCUCCGCGCCCACGGUGUCGAGGUCGAGAACGCCAAGCCAAAGUGUAUCGGCCCUAUCGACCCUCGUGAUCCUGCGGAUAUCAAGGGAGCUCUCCAGCUCGCUGCGAGGGAAGCGUACAUGUCGGGCAAGUGCUCUCCGCAGCUCAUUUGCGCGGUGCUUCCGGGAAGGGAUGCUUGGCUGUAUGAGGAGAUCAAGCGCUGCUCCUUCUUGGAGCUCAAAGGUCCGGUCCCCACGCAGUGUAUGCAAGCAGCCAAGAUCCGGAACCCUAGGGGUAUCGACGCAUAUACCGGCAACUUGGUAAUGAAGAUUCAGAGCAAGCUCGGCGGUCUCACCCACCAGAUCCCCAUCUCUGAGCUUCCAGGUAUGGAGCGGGGCAAGACUAUGCUUCUCGGCGCAGAUCUCGGUCAUCCCCCCAUCAAGGCCGGCUACUCUGACGCUCCCACUGUCGCCUGCUCCAUCGCCACCUACACUGCCGACUGCGACGCCUACUCUGCGCAGAUCCGCCUCCAAGAGGGCCGCGAGGAAAUCAUCAAAGAGCUCUCCGGUAUGGUUCUCGCUCACCUCAAGAUCUUUGCCGCCAAGAACAACGACGAGCUUCCCGACCGUAUCAUCGUCUUCCGGGACGGUAUCUCUGAAGGCCAAUACGCCGCCUGCCUGCAGUACGAGCACAAUGCCAUUCUUCGGGCCUGCUCCACCCUUCGAGUCGGCUACCGACCCCGCAUCCUCAUUUGCGUCUGCGCCAAGCGCCACAACACCCGGUUCUUCGGGAAGGACAUGGCGGUCGACCGGAGCGGCAAUCUCCCGCCAGGUCUCGUCGUCGAUCAGGCCGUCACCCACCCUUACGCCUUCGACUUUUACAUGCAAGCCCACGCCGGACGGGUCGGGACCGCCAGGCCGACUCACUAUAUCUGCCUCGUCGAUGAGCUGGGUCUUACUCCGGACAUGCUGCAGAAGAUGGUGCACAGCAUGUGCUAUGCGUUUGCGAGGUGCACCAAGAGCGUCAGUCUUGUGCCGGUCUGCUAUAUCGCGGAUCUCGUCUGCCAAAAGGCCCGUAUCGUCGUCCACGAGCCCGGAACGGCCAACGCCCCCUCCGAAUCCUCCUUCGGUCGCGGACAGCCGUAUCAGCGCGGCGGCGGCAGUCGUGGUGGCGGUCGAGGCGGAUACGCAGCCAGCCGAGCCGGAAGCGCCGGUGGGAUGAGCGACCGGACGGGCACGACUGCGCUCCGAGCGCGGAACGCGGGGGUGGAUGUCAUGCAGAUCCAGAAGGUGCUGGAGAAGAAUCCGGAGUUGGCGGAUGUCGUAAGUCUUUCAUUCUCUUGCUGGGGUAGUCUUGAAGAGGAGAGAGGGAGUGGAAGAAGGAAGGCUUCUUGUCUGCUGUAG